AUGAAGCUCUUCAAGUUCGCGGACGACACCACCCUCAUCGGGCUCAUCUCCAACAACGAUGAGUCCGCCUACAGGAGGAAGGUGGACCGGCUGGUGUCCUGGUGCAGUGAUGUUGCAGCGCUGGAGUCUCGAGAAGGUCUGAAGAAGAUCACGGACAUGCUGGAGGUCAUAUCAAAGAAGAUGGACAUUCUUACGAAGCUGGGGAACAGCACCGACACUGCCCACAGGCUGGAAGAACUCAGCGCGGCUUUGGACAGGAUGCAGCCCAUGGGCCCCAUGGUGGAGCGCAUCCAGGCCCUCGCUCUGAACAUGUCGCAAACCGCAGUGAAGGUGGAGCAGAUCCUCCAGCAGCGCAGUGCAGUGGUCAGCAGCAGAGACGUGGACGCACCGUCGAGGCAUUGUGAGAUUCCCAAGGACCCUCACUUCCCUGAAUGCUCCUCCAAAAUCGAUUGGAUGCGCGCUCGCUGGACUUCAGACCCGUGUUACGCGUACUAUGGUGUGGAUGGAUCAGACUGUUCUUUCCUCAUUUACCUGAGUGAAGUGGAGUGGUUCUGCCCCCCGCAGCCAGGGAGGAAUCAGAGUAUCCUGCCUCCCUCAGAGCCUCCUCCUAAACAAAAGGCGGAGUUCCAAUUUGACGUGGGGCCUCUCCUGGAGCAGGUAGGCACCAGGAAAGAGUCUCUGAACUUCAUGAAGAGAAGGAUCCGGAUGUUAGCAGCUCAGUGGGCCUCAGCUUCCAGGCGUCUGCAUGACAAGCUGCGCAAACACUGGAGAGCAAGAAAGAGGGUCUAUUGA